AUGAUUUUUCUUAAUAUGCUUCAUUUUAUCAGAAUUCUGAUCAGAAGAACAUUCGCAUAUUGCUUGAGACAGUACGUUUUCUAUUCAAACCACAACUAAAGGGUCUCAUUAUUUACUAACUUUUUUUAGAAAUCAAGUGGCACAGUUCCCAGAAGAGAUUGUGGUUCAUACAAUAACAGCUUCUGCAGCUCCAAUUACAGUUUUAACUACAUCUUCAUCGAUGGCUUUAGCUUCAACGUUAUCUUUAGCGCCAGCAGCGUCUCCAGAUUCAAGUACAACUUCAACACCGGCGGUAUCACUAGCCCUCUCUGAAGUUUUCUCUUCAGUUUCCACUCGUGCUUGUACACCAGUUCUCGUUCAAUCUGGAAACCCACUUUUUCUAUCAAUUGAAGCUCGAUAUUCACCUCCCCCGCUAGGAAAUCCCAUGGUUCCUCGGAGAAGAGCGUCUGAUGUGGUGCACGGAGGACUUUAA